UUUACAUUGUUGUAAAAACUACGUUUGCUGGAAACAAUUACGGUAAAGUGAAUCCAAAAUCUCAGGUUGCCAUGAACGAGAAGAAAGGCGAUGCCGAAACGACGUCGUUGAAGGGCCAAUGCGGGACGGAGCAUCAACGCCCAACGGUUUAACUGUUGCUCCUCCUACCCAGACGUACGAGGAACGCGUCGGCUUUGUCUGUCUUUCGAGAGGGAGACGAGGCGCCCCAGAGCGAGCGAGGGCGAGCCCAGAAGCGCGACUCGUCCGACUCGACUCAGAUCUCUCCCGCUCUCUCAACUCGGGCCCCUCUCUCGAUUCCUUGAUAAAGUUGAGGCCUUUUCGCGGGAAGAGUUCGACCGCGAUAUCAAAUUGGUUGUUUUUUCUUGUUGUCGACUGGUUGGAUGAGCAUGAUCCUAUAAUUGAAGGGACGGUUGGUCGUGCUUGAUUUUUACACAUUCGACCAGCUCUGACUGUUGUUCUUUGGAAACUUGUACGGAGAUGAGUUUUGUGUUUCGAGGUAGUAGACCAGAUAUAGAGACUGGAUUUCCAGAAUUUAUUCCCGAGCGUCGCGCUGUGCGUCUUCAUGCAGCACGACCGGUUAAGUCUAACUCACUAGCAUUUCUUGUCACAGUUCUCCUGCUAUUCAUGAUUCUCAACUCCAACCAGAUGUCACCGAACUUUUUGCUUUGGCUUGUGCUUGGUGUCUUCUUGAUGGCAACAACCCUUAGGAUGUAUGCGACUUGCCAACAACUUCAAGCUCAGGCCCAGGUCCACGCCGUGGCUGCCAAUAGCCUUCUUGGUCAUACUGAAUUGCGGUUGCAUAUGCCACCGUCCAUAGCACUUGCAACAAGAGGACGUCUGCAAGGCCUUAGGCUUCAGCUUGCUCUUCUGGACCGUGAAUUUGAUGAAUUAGACUAUGAAACUUUGAGAGCACUGGAUUCUGAUAAUGUUCCAACAGUUCCAUCAAUGAGUGAAGAAGAGAUCAAUGCUCUUCCAGUCCACAAAUACAAGGUUACUGGUCUUCCAGGUAAUGGCUCCUCUGCAGAACAUGGCUCAUCUUCAUUAUCCACUGAGGAGAAAAAGCAAGAUGUAGGUGCUGCCGCUGGGAGCAUGAAGAGUUCAGAUGACGAGCUGAUGUGCAGUGUAUGCUUGGAGCAAGUUUCGGCAGGAGAGCUCAUCCGAAGCUUGCCGUGCAUGCAUCAGUUCCAUGCAACUUGCAUCGAUCCAUGGCUGAGACAGCAGGGAACGUGUCCUGUUUGUAAAUUCAGAGUUGCGUCCGGAUGGCGUGAAAAUGGGCGAGGAAUCGACGCUACAUUCAUGGUCUGAUUAGUGGCAAAGCCAUUGUUGUAUUAUCAUCUGGUGAAGUACCAAUUGUGCUGUAGAUAUCCUAAUGCGUCGAUUGAGGCAGAGCCUUCGAUGAUUUGUCAGUCACAGGCAUUGUGAAGAAGCAGGAUUGAUGAUUGUCAUUUAUUCUUUAAAUGGCAUCAGAGAGUCUUGCUAUUACCUAUAACCAAAAAAGAGGAAUUUUAACGAAGUCAUUGUUAUACGCUCUCUGUUGACAGGCCUCAAGAGUUGAAUUACCAUUUACCACCAA